AUGGCGCUAGACACGGUGCGCGCGCGGUGGAUGGAGGCCAGCUAUGCCAACCAGCCGGCGGCGCGCUGCGGGCACAGCGCCGUCACGGUGAACGCCGUUCCGACGUGGGGCGAGGAGUUUCUGGUGGUGUUUGGCGGCAUCGACCGCCACAAGGAGGCCCUGGACGACCUGGCGGUGCUGCAGUGCGAGCAAGAGGCGUGGUUUGCGCCGGAGAAGGCGGCGGUGGGCCCCGCCGCGCGCGCCUUCCACGCCGCCGCCGUCAUCGGCAGCAAGAUGUACCUGUUUGGCGGGCACGUGUAUGUCAAGCAGCUGCACAAGCUGCACCAGUUUGCAGACCUGUGGUGCCUCGACACCGACACCUGGCGCUGGAGCCGACUGUCGGGGGAGGCGCCCGAGGCGCCGCAGCCCUGCCCGCGCGACCGCGCCGCCAUGUGCGCCGUGGGCGGCUCCCGCCUGCUGGUGGUGGGCGGCGCCGACUCGAUGAACCGGCGCCUGGACGACGCCUGGCUGUUUGACCUGGAGCGGGGGACGUGGAGCGAGGUGAAGCUGGCUGGCGCACGGCCACGCGCGCGCUGCUGCACCGCGCUCUUCUCGCUGGAGAGCAGGGUGCUGAUGUUUGGGGGCGACACGUACGGCGUCACCAAUGAGCUGUGGUCCCUGAGGGGCCUGGAGGGGGAUGGCCCCGCCCAGUGGACGCAGCUGCAGCUGGAGGGCCCCGCGCCGCCGCCUCGCCGCGGGCACGCGGUCGCAGUGACAGGGAGCUGGGUGGUGUUUGUGGGCGGCCUGACGGAGCAGCGGUCGCUCAUGGGGAUGAAGAGCCGGAGCGAGUACCUGUCGGACGUGGUCAUCCUGGACCGGCAGGAGCGGGUGGCGUGGCGUGGCGUGGAGCUGGCGUCACCGCCGCCGGCGCCUCGUGAGAAGCACACGCUCACCGCGCUGGCAGGCGGCCGCCUGCUGCUGUUUGGAGGCACCGACGGCACCUCCACGCUGGGUGAUGCCUGGUGGCUGGACCUUGAGGAUAUCGCACCCCCCCAGCCAGACCUGCUGUCUGUGGCAGACCUGGCCGACAGCGCCUCGCAGCCGCCGCCCGAGGUGACGGCGGCGCCCGCGCUGCCGCUGCCGCCGGGCAAGCAAGCCGCGGCGGCGCCGGGGCGGCAGGGCUCUCCUGGCAUCCCCGCAGGAGCGCCGGCGGGCGCCGCAGCAGACCAGCAGCUGGCGGCGCCGCCGUCGCCGUCGCCGCAGCAGCAGGCGGGAGGCGGCGGCGCCGGCGCCGGCAGCAGCGGCGCGCUGACGGGCGGGCUGGCAUACCUGCAGCAGAGCAUCCCGACGCUGUCCACCGCGCUGUCCUCCCUGCGCGGCCGCCUGGGCCUGCCCGCCACCAGCUCCGGCGCGCAGCUGGCGGCGCAGCAGCUGGCCGCCGCCAUCAGCGAGGAGCACGACCGCGAGCUGCUGCAGCUGGGGCAGCGGGCCCUGGCCGCCUCGCGCGGCGGCGCGGCAGCGGCGGCAGCCACAGACACCCGCCAGCUGGUCGCCGCCGCCCGCCAGUUCCUGGCCACCCGCGCCGCCAGCCAGCUGCACCUGGGCGAGCUGCCGGUGCUGAUGGCGGACUACCGACGGCUGGCGCGCCUGGGCUGGACCAUGCUGCUCACGGAGAAGGGCCCCGAGGCGCUGGCGGAUGGCGGCGUGCGGCUGCCGGGGCGCUUCAUGCACCUGGCGGCAGACGACCUGCGCAUGAGAGAGGUGCCAGAGGUCCUGGCUGACUAUCAGCUGCUCUUCGCAUCACACGCAUCCCUCGCAGACGCGGCGGCGGCGGCACCGGGGAGCGGCGGCAGCGGCGGUGGCGUGGGAGCGGCCGCGCGGCCCGCCACGCCCAGCUGA